AUGUUGUCGCUGAUUUCACUGAUCACCACCGGCGGCGGCGAACGCGCCCGACAGACAGGUCGGCUGGUGCUGGAGUCGGCCUCGCAUUACUGGCCCCUGGAGCGAGUGGACGGGCUGAACGAGCUUUGUCGCAACAAUGCCGACGUGGUGCAGGGGGUGGUGAGCCGGGGUAUCUACCUGGAGGGGAGCCCAGGCACCACCGACAUCUCCGGCAACACCGGCAUCACCCUGCUGCACUUCGGCAGCUCCACCAACUCAUGCAUCACCGAGCCUGAACGUUGCGGCAAUGCAGGGGUCACCUUCUCCUUCUUCUGGCGGAGCGGUGCGGAUGAUCCGGAUGGGUCGGUGCCGCAGGCGUUGGGCAGUAAACUGUUGUCCACUCGUUUCUCCGUCUACGCCGGCGGCUCCAGCGGCUUCGUGCUUUUCCACGCCGGCCCCGACGCCCGUUCCUGGAGGGCCCGUGUACACCCGCCCGGCCGACACUGGACCCACAUUUUGUUCACCUGGCAGCCGUUGGGGGGGCUGAAGGUUUACGUCAACGGUUCGCUCAGCUCCACCGACCCCCUGGGGUCCCGGGACCUGGACACGGGAUCCGCCAGCCUGGAGCCGGGGUCAAUGACGAGGUCACCCGCGGGGUCAACGCCGCCGGGGUCAACGCCGCCGGGGUCAACGCCGGAACUGACCCCCUCUGGCCACCACGUGACGGGAUCCUUCGAUGAGUUUGUGAUCUGGGAGCGAGCACUCACACCGCAGGAGAUCCAGAUGUACUACAGCACCACCACUGGUGUUCCCUCAUGUGACGUACCCUCUGUACCGGAGGUGACUCUGGGGCCCGGACCCUCGGCAACACAGCCCCCGGCCAGUGCGGACCCUGUGGCCGUGGGGGUCGGAGCGGGGACAGGGGAGGGGGACCAGCGUUUCCGUUACACGGGGGGGGGCGGAAGUGUCGCCGCCCCCUUCAUCUUCCCCAAUGACACGUUACAGAGCCCGGCAGCGCACAACCUCACACGGGACUUCCUGCAGACCGUCGGUGAGAUUCUGGCCGUGCCCAGCUGGAGCGGCUCAGCCGAGUUGGCCUCAGUGCUGGGCGAGCUGCUGGACACGGUGGACGGGGUGAUGGGACGCGUGGCCGCACUGGUGGACGGUCAACACAAUCGAGUGGUCACUGUCAACGGCAGCUCCACGCUGGCAGAUUACUCGCUGGUCAAGCUGCCCGCUGGCUCCAGGCUGCCCACCUACCGCUUCCCCUCGCAUGGACACAGUUACAUCCUCAUCCCUGGCAACGCCCUCAACACACACAGGCCGGGGGUGAUGGUGGGGAUGCUCUACCACACGCUCCACACCCUCUACGGCCACAUCCGCCCACUGGACACCAGGAUCAACGGGGCGACUCUACACAAGGACCACCUCAUCACAGUCGGCAGCCGCAUCAUCUCGCUGAAGAUCGACCCCCCACCCACACUCUCACACAAUCUGUCUGGGUCUCCGCUCAUCACCAUCACUCUCAGCCACAUACUGACGCCCGCGCAGUCCGGCCACGACUUGAACUCGUCCACCAACGUGUGGUGUUCCUUCCUCAACUUCAGUUCGGGCAGGGGCGUGUGGUCCAACGAGGGCUGUGCCAGGAUUGGGGGCAACAUUUCCCACUCCGUUUGUCGGUGUAACCAUCUCACCAACUUUGCCAUCCUCAUGCAGGUGGUGCCCCUGGAGUUGGAGCGUGUGCAUGUGGUGGCGCUGUCGGCCAUCACGUACGUGGGCUGCUCUCUGUCCAUCGUGUGUCUGACCGUCACACUGGUCACUCUGGCCGUGCUCUCCUCGGUCAGCUCCAUGUGUAACCAGCGUUACCAUAUCCACGCCAACCUGUCCGUCUCCAUAUUGGCCGCUCACAUCCUGCUGCUGCUCAGCUUCCGCUUCAGCCCGGACACGCUUCCCUGCAAGGUGUCGGCCAUCCUCCUGCACUUCCUGUUCCUGUCCACCUUCUCCUGGAUGUUGGUGGAAGGCCUCCACCUCUACAACAUGGUGGUCAGGGUCUUUGGGUCCGAGGACAGCAAGCACGUCUACUACUACAGUAUAGGCUGGGGCUCCCCGCUGGUGAUCUGUGUCAUGUCCGUCACCUCCACCUUCCACAGCUACGGCACGGCCGACAAACAACGGGCCGGUUUAUUAAUUGGGCGAUUAGCACUAACGGUCGAUUCAUCUCCUCUCCGUCUUCAGGUGAAUGUCGGAAUUCUCAUCGCCGUGACUCGUAUCAUAUCCAGAAUCAGCAUGGACAACUACAAGGUUCACCGCGACACUAAUGCCUCCAAGCUGACCGUGAAGGCAGUGGCCGUGCUGCUGCCCAUCCUGGGCAUCUCGUGGGCGUGUGGAGUGUUGGCCAUCAACAACUAUGCCCUAUUCUUCCAGUACAUGUUUGCCUUCUUCAACUCUCUGCAGGGAUUCUUCAUCUUCCUGUUUCACUGCGUUCUCAAUUCUGAGGUCAGGGCGGCGCUGAAACACAAGACUAAAGUCUGGUCGCUCAACAGCAGCUCCAUGCGCAACAUCAACGUCAAGCCCUUCAACUCCGAAAUCAUGAAUGGAAACCGUGGUGUGAGCGGCCCGACCAAGAUCAACACCUGGGAUAGAAGCACGGAGAUGGGGCACCGCGCGGACAUGUCCGCAGUCUGAACCCCCUGUAGCCCUCGCACCCCCACCCCCCCACCCCCACACUG